AUGGCUCUCAGAGACCGCUUGAUGCGGCCACAGAAUAUGCCAUUUGUAAUGAUGACUUCGGUUAUGAGUAUAGGGGAUCUCUAUAGCAUUCACCGUUCUAGAUGCAAUCUCUUUGCCAAAGAGAAGGGGGACGGUCGUCUUCCGUAUCACGUCGCAAUGCUCUACCAUGUCCUGCAACAUGCUAGCGACCUUGCACUGAUCAGGAAUGAGCCUUCCAUUGAUCUCCGAGAGGCUUGA